CCUCCGCCCGGCCCGGCCCGGCCCAGCCCUGCGCCCUCAGACAGCCCAGCGGACGCGUUGCAUCAUCCUUGAGCAUCAAUGAAAGAACAAGAAUGGCUUUCUUCAAGCAACAGAAGGUGGAGGACGUUUAUGAGAUCGGGGAGGAGCUGGGAAGUGGCCAGUUUGCUAUAGUGAAGAAGUGUCGGGAGAAGAGCACGGGGGUGGAGUACGCUGCCAAGUUCAUCAAGAAGCGGCAGAGCCGGGCCAGCCGGCGCGGGGUGAGCCGUGACGAGAUCGCGCGCGAGGUCAGCAUCCUGCAGCAGGUCCUGCACAGCAACAUCGUCCAGCUGCACGACAUCUACGAGAACAAGACUGACGUGGUGCUCAUCCUGGAGCUGGUUUCUGGAGGAGAACUUUUUGACUUCCUGGCACAGAAGGAGUCUUUGAGUGAAGAGGAAGCAACCAGGUUCAUCAAGCAGAUUUUGGAUGGUGUGAAUUAUCUUCACUCUAAGAAAAUUGCUCACUUUGAUCUAAAGCCUGAAAACAUAAUGCUUCUAGACAAGAAUAUCCCUAUUCCACACAUCAAACUCAUUGACUUUGGCCUAGCUCACAAAAUAGAAGAUGGAGUAGAAUUUAAGAACAUAUUUGGAACUCCAGAAUUCGUAGCUCCAGAAAUCGUAAACUAUGAACCACUUGGACUAGCUGCAGACAUGUGGAGCAUAGGAGUCAUCACCUACAUACUGCUUAGUGGUGCAUCGCCUUUCCUUGGAGAAACUAAACAAGAAACACUUGCCAACAUCACAGCUGUGAAUUAUGAUUUUGAUGAAGAAUUUUUCAGCAAUACUAGUGACCUGGCAAAAGACUUUAUUCAGAAACUGCUGGUGAAAGAUACCCGGAAGCGGCUCACAAUUCAGGAAGCUCUGUCUCAUCCUUGGAUAACGCCCAUGGACAAGCAACAGGCUUUGGUUCGGAAAUCAUCUGUUGUUAACAUGGAGAGCUUCAAAAGGCAAUAUGCUAGGCGGCGAUGGAAGCUGUCGUACCAGAUCGUUUCACUGUGCAACCACUUAUCGCGAUCACUGGUGAGGAGGGUGCUGGCUCAGGAUGAGAGCUCGAGAAACUGUGAAAGUGACAGUGAGGAUCUUUCACAAAGAAAAGCCCCUGUUCAGAGGAGAAGCAGCAUAUCCUAAUGGGAUGAGAAUUCCAUGGGCAGGAAACAAGAAACUUUCACCCUUGCUGAAGCAAGCAGCCCUGGCAGCACACUUGGACUUCUUGUCUGAGACCUUGGUAUGAUGCUUCUUGCUCCUCAAACGACACCAACAACCGGAUGAUGGCCUUAAAUGCUUACUGAGCAUUCCCAGGGAAAUGCUACAGCACCAGUUGGAGUGCUUUUGUAUGUUGAGUGUUUCAGUGAUACUUCAGUCUAUUGCUGAUGUCAGCUGCACUCAGGGUGUAGGGUUUCUACUGAUAAUCUUUCACUGCAGAAUAAUUCACAUUCCCCACAGUGGUUAAUUCUGUGUGCAUUAUUAUUUCAGUCAGGAAAAUUGCUAGUGAGUCUUAAGGAUUUUUUAAAUGCAAUUUUUAUAUUUGUUAAUAGCAUAAAUAUUUGACAGCAGGUAUCUGGCAGGCUUUGUUAGCUGUGUGCAGUACUCUGUUAUUGCUGUCACUGAAGAGAAAAAUCACAAUGCCAUUAUGUAUCAUAACCUCUAUUUUGUGAACCUGACAGUAAGUAGUUCUGAAAUGCAACAAGAACUGUGCUCUGGCCAUUGUCUCUGGCUGAGGAUUAGCACAACUCCCGUUGUCCGUGUGAGUACAACUGAUUGUGGCACUGAGGGAGGCCAAGGCAACUUUUGGAUGAAAAGACAAAAAAAUUCUGUAAUGAUUGACAUGCACCCAAAUACAACAUUUUCACAGAACGAUGACAGGAUGCCUCACCAAAAAAAGGGCAUUUAGAAACCUAAGGCAUGUGAAGAAAUAAUCUUUAUUAGACUUUGUUAUUGCUGUCAAUAUUAUUGAUUGUCAGCAAAUUGGAGACUCAUUAACACCUAUUUGUAUAGGUGCUGUUUAC